AGCGAUCCGAAAGGGAGGCGGCGCAUCGAACUGGGACAGAAACAGCCGUCGUUUGUGCAGCCGGGAGCCAUCAUCGCUUCUCGCCGUCUCCUUCCUCCUCUUCUUCUUCUCGAACCUUCCGCGUCCCUCAUCCGGAUCCCAAAAUGCGCGAAAUUGUGCACCUGCAAGCCGGCCAGUGCGGGAACCAGAUCGGCGCCAAGUUCUGGGAGGUGAUCAGUGACGAGCACGGUAUCGAUCCCACCGGAACGUAUCAUGGCGACAGCGACCUGCAGCUCGACAGGAUCAGCGUCUACUACAACGAGGCCACGGGUGGCAAGUACGUUCCCCGCGCCAUCCUAGUGGAUCUGGAGCCGGGAACCAUGGAUUCCGUCAGGUCCGGUCCCUUCGGUCAGAUCUUCAGACCUGACAACUUCGUCUUUGGUCAGAGCGGAGCCGGCAACAACUGGGCCAAGGGCCACUACACGGAGGGAGCCGAGCUGGUGGACUCGGUCUUGGACGUGGUGAGGAAGGAGGCGGAGAGCUGCGACUGCCUGCAGGGCUUCCAGCUCACGCACUCGCUGGGCGGCGGCACCGGCUCCGGCAUGGGUACGCUGCUCAUCAGCAAGAUCCGCGAGGAGUACCCGGACCGCAUCAUGAACACCUUCAGCGUGGUGCCCUCCCCCAAGGUGUCCGACACGGUGGUGGAGCCGUACAACGCCACCCUGUCGGUGCACCAGCUGGUGGAGAACACGGACGAGACGUACUGCAUUGACAACGAGGCGCUCUACGACAUCUGCUUCCGCACCCUCAAGUUGACCACGCCCACUUACGGAGAUCUCAACCACUUGGUGUCGGCCACCAUGAGCGGCGUCACGACUUGCCUGCGUUUCCCCGGCCAGCUCAACGCCGACCUGCGCAAACUGGCCGUCAACAUGGUGCCCUUCCCCCGCCUGCACUUCUUCAUGCCGGGUUUCGCCCCCCUCACCAGCAGGGGGAGCCAACAGUACCGCGCCCUCUCGGUACCCGAGCUCACCCAGCAGAUGUUCGACGCCAAAAACAUGAUGGCGGCGUGCGACCCGCGCCACGGCCGCUAUUUAACCGUGGCGGCCGUCUUCCGCGGCCGCAUGUCCAUGAAGGAAGUGGACGAGCAGAUGCUGAACGUGCAGAACAAGAACAGCAGCUACUUCGUGGAGUGGAUCCCCAACAACGUGAAGACGGCCGUGUGCGACAUCCCGCCGCGCGGCCUCAAAAUGGCCGCCACCUUCAUCGGCAACAGCACGGCCAUCCAGGAGCUCUUCAAGCGCAUCUCGGAGCAGUUCACCGCCAUGUUCCGACGCAAGGCUUUCCUCCACUGGUACACGGGCGAGGGCAUGGACGAGAUGGAGUUCACCGAGGCCGAGAGCAACAUGAACGACCUGGUGUCCGAGUACCAGCAGUACCAGGACGCUACCGCCGAGGAGGGCGAGUUUGAAGAGGAGGGCGAGGAAGAGGGGGCCUAAAAACCUCCCGAAACGCCACCCGGCGCCACGAAAUCACCAUUUCCCUUCGCCCGUCGUCCUCCACGUUUUCGCUUCGCCUUCGCCUCUGGUGCGCUGUAGAUGUCGGCUGUGUUCACAAUCAUUCACUCUCGCCCUAAUCGCUUUAUAGUGAUUUUUUUAAAAACAUUUCUUUAAUUAGACAAAGCUAUAUCCUGUCUAAAUUAAGCUCCUCCCCUCACUUCAACACCACGGUUGCUCCCUACUAAUUUGAUUAGCACGACCAACUCACUAUAUAGGUCACUAUCACUUUUUUUGUCGUGAGUGAUUCCGAACACGGCCGUCGUGUUAGCGACGCCCGUGAAGGUUUCGCUUGUGUUUUGUUUUUGUUUUGUUUUUGCUUAUGUUGUAAAAGCACUGAAUCAACCCUCGUUAUUGGCAACCCUCACCCUCGCCAUUGUUUGCAAGCCAGCGAGUUUUAACUGUGAAGCCUUUCCAUUGGAGAAGCAUUAAAAAAAAAAAUAAUAAUAAUCUGA